AUGCCGCGCGACAAGAGCAACCCGACGACCAAGAAACGUUCUUCGGAGCAUGCUGCGCAGACGGGAUUGAAGACGGGCAAUGUGCGGGUCAAAGGCGAGAACUUUUACCGCGACGCCAAGUCGGCGAAACGAGUCAACCUCCUCUCUGGCAAAUCAAGCAAAGCGAUCCGCGACAAGGACGGCAAGAUCCUCCAAGCCGCCGAAUUCCAGUCGUCCGAAGUGACCCCCGGCCGAGUCCAGCCUGACCGGCGGUGGUUCGGGAACACCCGCGUGAUUAGCCAGACGGCGCUGGAUCACUUUAGGGAGAACUUGAAGGACAAGGUCAAGGAUCCGUAUGCGGUCGUGUUGAAGCAGAACAAGUUGCCUAUGAGCUUGUUGACCGAUGCCGUGCGCGGGGCCAACAAGCAAGACUUGACGACGACCGAGCCCUUCUCCGACACCUUUGGCACCAAAGCCCAACGUAAACGUCCCCGUCUCGACGUCGGUUCCAUCAACGAACUCGCCUCGAAAGUCGCGACGCACCAAGCGAAAGUCGCGGCGGACGCCGUCCAGGCUGAGAAGGAUCAGCGUCUCUCAGAGAUUAGGGACGCGGAUGGGUCGCUUGCGCCGGAGAUUUUGGCGGCUCAGGAGGAGGAGAAGCAGCUCAGUAAUGUGCCGCAGGAUUACAUUCUGAGCGCGGGAACGAGCAAGCGUAUUUGGGGCGAGCUGUACAAGGUCAUCGACUCGUCGGACGUCCUCCUGCACGUCCUGGACGCGCGCGACCCGAUGGGCACGCGGUGUGAGUCGGUCGAGGCGUACCUCGCGAAGGAGAAGCGUGGGAAGAAGGUCGUCUACGUGCUGAACAAGGUCGACCUCGUCCCUGGGUGGGUCGCCGCGCGGUGGGUCAAGGUUCUGAGCAAGACGCACCCGACCAUCGCCUUCCACGCGUCGAUUAACAACUCGUUCGGAAAGGGGUCGCUCAUCCAGCUCCUCCGACAAUUCUCGACGCUCUACUCGGACAAGAAGCAGAUCUCGGUCGGGUUCAUCGGGUACCCGAACGUCGGCAAGUCGUCCAUCAUCAACACGCUCAAGAAGAAGGCCGUGUGCAAGACGGCCCCGAUCCCGGGCGAGACCAAAGUCUGGCAGUACAUCACCCUCAUGCGACGGAUCUACCUCAUCGACUGUCCCGGUAUCGUCCCCCCCUCGGCGAGGGACACCGAGUCGCAAAAGGUCCUCAAGGGUAUCGUCCGCGUCGAACAUCUUUCCGACCCGGCGAGCCACAUCCAGUUCUUGCUCGACCGCGUCAGGAAGGAGUACCUCGUGAGGACGUACGGCGUGCAGGAGUGGACGGGCGCAGAGGACUUUUUGACCCAGCUCGCGAGGAAGGGAGGAAAGUUGCUAAAGGGCGGCGAGGCGGAUUACAGGACUGUCGCGACCAUGGUCAUCAACGACUGGAUCCGCGGCAAGAUCCCCUUCUACGUUCCCCCUCCCGAAGCUCCCGCGCCCUCGUCCUCCUCCAACUCGAAAUCACUCAAGCCCUCGAAACUCUCCGGCUCCGGCCCGACGAUGUUCAAGUCGCAACUCGACGACGAAGGGAACACGGUGCGCAAGGUGCCUGGCGUCCAACAGCCUUUGCAUCAGAUUGUGCAUUCGACAAAGUUCUUGCCGGAUGAUGUUAGGCGGGUUGAGAUGGAUGAUGAGGAUGAGGAGCAGGAGGUUGAGGAUGAGGAGGAGGAGGAGGAGGAGGAGGAGUGGGGAGGGAUUCAGGAAGAUGCGGACGAGGAGGAGGAGAGUGUCGAGGUCGAGGUUGGGGAGGCCGAGCCCCCGCUCGAGUGGGACGAGCUGUUUGCGCAGGUUGUGGGCGAGGAGGAGGAGGGUGCGGACGACGCCGACGUUACGCUCGACAACGGAGCAACUUCCGAUGCCGAGGAGGAGGAGGAGGACGAGUCGCUCGAGAUUGAUGACGAGUCGCUCGAUGGCGAGGAAGAGGAGCAAGGCAGCAGUGAGGAGGACGUCGAGAUCGUCUUGAACCAGGAGGACGAACGGCCGCGAGCUGCUGCCGCGCAGGGCAAGCGACCAGCCGGCGCGAAGCGCACUCGCGCGAUCGACGUCGUCUCGUCGGACGAGGAGAGCGACGGAGGCCGUCCCGCGAAGGAGAAGCGGAUGACGACCAACAAGAAGAAGGCGACCAACUACUAUACCCACGCCAACGUCAAGAACAAAUCGCGGCGAGGUGGACCAGUCAAGGACCAGGCUGCGCGCAAGGCUGCGAUCGCGGGUGGGUCGUCGAGUGCGCCUGCGCCCAAGGGACACGCCGGUACGAGCAAGAAGCGUGCGGGCGGCAGCGGUGCGCGGCGGUGA